AUGCAUACCUUCUUUCAGAUUCUCUCGCCUUCAGUCUUCCUUCCCCUUCUCCUCCUGCUAUUCACCGCCCACUCGACGUGUUCUCCCCUGUGGUGGGACUUCCCAGGGAGCGAAGGCACCAGCGCGGUGGCCACAGGGACGUUGAGCCCCCCACACCGCGUCGUGCGUGCUCGUUCUCCCGCCAACACGAAUGUCAAUCCCGACGCCGUUACAGGGACGACGUGCGACGACGCCUCCGUCGACCUCGUCACGCACGACACCAACGUCGCGCUGCUUGCCAUCUGCGGCAGCAUCGCGGGGAGUAUCCAGUUCUGUGAAGGCGAUCCUGCAACCACGGUCGGCGCAUCGGGGACCAGCAAGUUCACACUCACGGCGGUGAAUGCCGACCAGGGCGCCACCAUCAAUGUCAGCAAGGGGAGGUGGGAGGGAUGUAUCCGGGCCGCGAGGGCGACGUGUCCUACGGGAACGUUUACCAGUACUUGUGUUGGCGGGACGAGUGAUGGGGCCGGCUUUACAUUUGUGUUGAGUGAAAAUAACUGA